AUGGAGAACAAGCACAAGUUUCUCCAUGGAACACUUGAAGCUACCAUCUUCCAUGCCACACCUUACACACCUUCUUUCCCCUCCAAUUGUAUAUUUGCCAAUGGAAAGGCUGCCUACGUGACCAUCGCAAUAGACAAUCAAAAGGUAGCGAAAACAAGCUACGAAGGAGAUCGAGUUUGGAACCAAACUUUUCAAAUUCUCUGUGCUCAUCCACCAAACUCAACAAUCACCAUUUCCCUCAAGACAAAAUGUUUGGUUUUGGGGAAAAUCAACAUCCAGGCUCUUGCAAUAUUGAACGAAUCAAGUUUGAUCAAUGGGUUCUUUCCACUCUGCACUGAUAAUCGAGAUUCAAAUCCAAAUCCGAGACUCAAACUACAAUUCAUUUUAUGGUUUAAGCCAGCGGAGUUUGAACCAGGAUGGGGAAGAGUACUCGAUAAUGGUGGAUUCGAGGGGAUGAAGAAUGCUACAUUUCCACAGAGAUCAAAUUGUAGUGUUGUACUAUAUCAAGAUGCUCACCAUUGUUCUACAUUCCAACCGCCAUUUGAUCUCUGUGGGACACCAAGAAAAUUGUGGGAGGAUGUUUACAGAGCCCUCGAGGGUGCUAAGUAUUUGAUCUACAUUGCAGGAUGGUCAUUCAAUCCUAAGAUGGUGCUGGUCCGGGAUCCUCAAACAGAAAUUCCACAUGCACGAGGAGUAAAGCUUGGUGAAUUGUUGAAGAGGAAAGCAGAGGAAGGAGUGGCUGUAAGAAUUAUGCUUUGGGACGAUGAAACAUCCUUUCCAGUCAUCAAGAACAAAGGAGUUAUGGGAACUCGUGAUGAAGAUGCCUCUGCUUAUUUUAAACAGACCAAAGUAAUAUGCAGAUUGUGCCCCAGAUUACACCAUAAAUUUCCAACCCUUUUCACCCAUCACCAAAAAACCAUAACUGUAGACACUCGCAGAUCUUCAAACAGCAGAGAGAUCAUGAGUUUUGUUGGCGGGUUAGAUCUCUGUGAUGGCCGAUAUGAUACAGAGAAACACUCCUUGUUUCGAACACUCAAUACUGAAUCCCAUGUUCUUGACUUCUAUCAAACAAGCGUUGCAGGAGCUAGCCUUCACAAAGGUGGACCAAGAGAGCCAUGGCAUGAUGUUCAUGCUUGUAUUACUGGAGAAGCUGCUUGGGAUGUAUUGACCAAUUUUGAACAACGGUGGACAAAGCAAUGUCAUCCUUCUUUGCUAGUCCCCCUUAGCUCUAUAACAGAACUCUCCCACCAGCCUGCUCCUACAAGCAUUGCCACUGAGAGAGAAUGGAGGGUUCAAGUUUUCCGAUCAAUCGACCAUGUAUCAGCAAGCUCUUUUACAAAAAAAUUCACAGUCGAACGAACGAUUCAUGAAGCUUAUGUGGAAGCAAUCAGGCGAGCCGAGAGAUUUAUAUACAUAGAGAAUCAAUAUUUCAUUGGAGGGUGUCAUUUGUGGGAGGAAGACCAGCACAGUGGUUGCAGAAACUUGAUCCCCGUCGAGAUUGCCCUGAAAAUUGCUAGCAAAAUCAAAGCAAAGGAAAGGUUUGCAGUGUAUGUUUUGAUACCAAUGUGGCCAGAAGGAGUACCAGAGAGUGAACCAGUUCAAGACAUAUUGCAUUGGACUAGGGAGACAAUGAAGAUGAUGUACAGAUUUAUAGGAGAAGCGUUACAAGAAAGCGGUGAGCCUGGCCAUCCAAGAGAUUAUUUGAACUUUUUCUGUCUUGCUAACAGAGAAGCAGAGGGAAAAGAGGAGUUUAUUCCUCCAUAUUCUCCUCAUCCUGAAACUCAGUACUGGAAUGCUCAGAAACAUAGGAGGUUCAUGGUUUAUGUCCAUUCUAAGCUCAUGAUAGUGGACGACUUAUACAUGUUGAUCGGAUCGGCCAACGUGAACCAGCGAUCUAUGGACGGGCAGCGAGACACGGAAAUUGCGAUAGGAUGCUACCAGUUAAACAAUGAUGAACACAAAAUCAGAAAUGGUGAUGUUCAUUCGUACCGUAUGUCACUGUGGUAUGAGCACACCGGAAGAGCCGAGGAAUUGUUCCGAGAGCCUCAGAGUAUGGAAUGUGUGCAGAGAGUCCGAUCAAUCGGAGAUCAGAUGUGGAGAAUUUACGCCGGAGAUGAAGUAGUAGACAUGGAAGGUGUUCUUCUGGUCAAUUAUCCGGUGAGUGUGACGGAAGACGGUGGUGUUGAGGAUGUUGUGAAUGGUGGCGGUCACUUUCCCGACACGAAAACGCCGGUAAAGGGGAAGAGGUCAAAAAUUCUACCGCCUGCAUUCACCACAUAAGCACAAAGUGGAGUGUUAUCGUCUCCAUUUGCUUUCAAGUUCAGCUACACUAAUUUAUUAAUUUAAGUGGAAUUUAUUGUAUU